AAUCUUAUCGGUCGAAAUAUUCUAGGAAGAUUAAUACCUCUUUCUCGAUCUUUCGUUCGAAGGAUCAAAAGUUUCACGCAGUGUCUGCAGACGGAUUGCCGCGAUCAUCAUGCGCGUCACGCACGGAUACACCGUUAAAGGCGCAGACGACCCGAUGCUCACUAUACAGUUGGCGGCUAUGGAUAACUUCACCUCAGCAAGCGAUGUUGGUUCGUGGUUAGUGGACUUCAUUCCCCAAUUGCAACACUUGCCACGUUGGAUGCCUGGGGCGUCGUUCCUGAAACUCGCGGAUGAGUUCAAACAGCUGGAACGCCGUUCAGUGAGGACGCCGUACUUAUGGUGCAAGGAGCGCAUUCAAGAAGGAACCGAGGACCCUGGAUGUCUGGUUGCCACCGCAAUCAGGCAAUUCGAAGCCAAAUCGAAUGAGCAAGACGAAGCGGAGCUCCCUUGGGCUGCGUCAUCGGGGCUCGGAGGCGGGUUGGAUACGAACAUGUCCACAAUCUUCACAUUCAUUCUCGCCAUGUUGCACUAUCCGCACGUACAAACUAAAGCUCAGGCAGAGAUUGACGGUGUGGUUGGCAAUGAGCGACUUCCGUCGAUUACAGACAGGCCGUCAUUGCCAUACGUGAGAAGCGUGAUAGCAGAGGUCUAUCGUUGGUUUCCGGCAGCCCCGCAAGCCAUCCCUCAUGCACUGCGGCAAGAAGACGUGUACAAGGGCUAUCUACUCCCCAAGUCCUCGAUCAUCAUUCCCAAUAUCUGGGGCAUGCUACACGAUCCAAGUGCUUUCCCACAACCGGAGAAGUUCGAGCCUGAGCGAUUUGGCUAUAGCGACGGCGAGAUGCGGAAGGUGACAGACCUACUCUUUGGCUUUGGACGCCGGUUUGCCCCGGGUCGCACUUUGCGGAGGGGUCCAUUUUCGCGGUGAUUUCGACCAUACUUGCGACCUGUAAUGUCGUGCCCAAGAUUGACAAGCACGGGAAUCCUAUAAUACCGGGGAUUGACUAUACGAGUGGCAUGAUAAUAUUCCCUAAGAACCUUGAGUGCGAUAUCAA